AACGGAUGACUUAACAGGUUAGUUCAUGUAUGCACCAUUAACUCUCCAGUAAAAUGCAACAGCAAUUCUCCCUGCAAAGUGGAAGCCUUGAUCCAGACUUUGUGCUGUGGUUACUAAGGGAACAAGGAGAUACGGAAAGAUAACUAGCAACCCAGGGAGUUCACUUUCUCCCAAGCAGAAACCUGUACUUCCAACUUUGAAACUGGAUCUGGCUUUGCUAGCCACACUCUUUAUCUGCUUGUGCUGAAGAGCAUUUGAAAGAUAUCACCUGCACACUCAAAAGAGAAAUAGCUAGAAAUCAUGGUGCACUGAAAUUCUUGCAAGCAGAAAAAGUGUUCCCUGCUCCAAUAUAGUUAAAGAUACUCUAGCAAUGAGACGAGGCAGUAAUCCUCAGUAUUUUCUGCAAGUAGAAAACAGGAGGAGAAAUGUUUUCGUGACCCAGCUGGGACAAGACAGGAAAGAAGAGGGUGAGGAUGUCUCUCCCAUUCCUGUCGUUAAUGAGGUCUCUGUUGGUGAGAUUAUGCAGCAUAACAAAAAGGCGCUGCAUAGAUUCCAGCUUUUGAAGAAAAGAGAGGAAUGUGACCAGAUGACUGUUGAACUGAAUGCAAAGAAGCAAGAGUUUAAAGAGAAGUUGGAACUGCUGACUAAGCGAAGUGGGGAACUCAACCAAAAGGGUCAAAAAUUCAGGGCUCAUGCUCUUGGAUUUGAAUUUUAUCUUCAAGAGUGUGAAAAGAAGAAACAGCGUUAUGUGGAGAAGUUCAAGACGGAACGAAAACUUAACUUGAUAAAGAGGCAUGAGAUCAUCAAACUGAAAGAGGAGAUUAAAAAACUCCAAGCCAGAAAACAGAAACUACAAAAGAAGAUUGCAAAAUAUAAAAAUAUUGCAAAUUUUCUUCAGAAAGUGGUAAACAUCCUGCCCUCCAGUGAAUAUGCCUAUCUGGGUUAUCAGGAAGACUCUGUUGUUAGAGCCCUCAUAGAAAGGCAUCUGACUUUGGUGACUGAAAAUCGAAACUUAUUGAACCAUUUGUGUGUUUUGCAAUAUGAACUUGAGGAACUCCAACAUGAAUUUGCAGUCUUACAGGAGGAACAAAACAUCCACAAAUAUAUGCUGAUUAGUAAAGUUUCUGAACUUCAAUCAAAGAGUAGCAUGUUGCAUGGCAAAAAUAUUACAUUGACACUGUGUGCUAACAGUGCAGAAGACAAAUUCACUCACCAAAGCAAAUUGUUGACCAGCAUGUUGAUGGCCAUCUCUGAACUCGCAGAGCAGUGCUACUUGAGGACUUAUGGUCCAUUCAAGGAAAUGACCUUGCACUCCAAGCUGAACAUGAUCCAAGAAUUCAUUUUGGAGAAAAAACGGAUGAAAGAGGAACUGAUGCCAUUAAUCAGACGUGGAAAGUCAUCCAUUACUCUUUUAAAGGAACAAUGCCAAAGAAGAAUAAGCAUUCAAAAACAGCCAAGUUUUUUAAUGGAAGGAGACAUGGCAUAAAUGAUGGGCAUUUCUUUCAAAUUAUCAGACAUUGGGGGGGGGGGGGCACUGAAUGGAGUAGAGGGAUUUCUUUCCUGUAUUGUGUAAGUCUCCACAGAUGGACAUCAAUACAGUGCCAGAAAUGCUUUUGUGGGUGGAAAAGGGGGUCUUUCUGGCUGGAUUUGUUUUUGCAAAUAUGGCUGAAUUCUACAACUUUCAUGCUAUUUUCGUUUGUUCACUAUGUCUAGAAAGCAUUGAUGAUGCUAUUUCAUGCAUUUCCCCCCUUUUAAUGUACUAUUUCCUUCUACAACCAUUUGGACACACAAGUGGGCAGAUAACAGAUUGUGGCUGUUACACCAUUUCACAACUAUGAAUGUCUCAUGCUCUGUCUGUGAGCAUAAUUAGCACCUUUCACACAUCUGUCAUUUUUGUAACAGUAAGCAAAUGUGUUCACCACAUGGUCACAUUUUGUGAGUUGUUGUUUGGAUCUGGGGUUUCUCCACUAUGUUGUAUACAGUUUUUAAUUCAUGCCACUAUGAUGUUUGCAAGAAAAUGUUUAUUAUCCUAGGCUAUUUUGUGUGUGCAUGCACUUAUGCACAUAUUCAAAUAGGAGUAGGGUUGGAUGAGAAACCUGUAAAGUAUCAGAGCAUUAUGAGAAAAUCUGAAAUGAUGGUACUGCUUGAUUGAAGAAGGAUGGUUCUACACAGACAUUAUCAUUCAGUUUGAAGCUGGUCAGAUGAUAAGGUGUCCAUAAAAUGUACACCCCAAUGCACACUGGAGCACAUAUUAAGCCAAAAACAGCGUAAUAAAAAAAAACCUCACUCAAAAUUCCAGAAUAAGCCAGUAAAUCCACUGCAGCUGAUCAGAGUCUAUGCUAAGCAUGGCUUGAAUCCAAGACUUAAAAAUACAGAGUGCUUAUCACAGGCAUGAGCAAACUUCAGCCCUCCAGGUGUUUGGACUUCAAGUCCCACAAUUCCUAACAGCCUGCCGGCUAUUAGGAAUUGUGAAAAUUGAAGCUCAAAACACCUGGAGGGCUGAAGUUUGUCCAUGCAUGGCUUAUCAGGACACCACUGAUGCUGAAUCAUUUUAAAAACAAAAAAAUGCAGCUGGCCAGAAGGUAAACAAGUUUUCCCUCAAGAGAGGAAACCGCUUCAUUCCCAUCGGAAUGGUCACUAUCCACCCCCUUGUUCCCAUUUUCUGUGUCCUGCCAUAGUCUUUUGCUGAUAUGCAUCUCCUGAGCAGACAUGAUAAGAAAAAUAAAAACAUUCCUGGGUGUGGUUCUGAUCCACAACCAGCGGAUACUCUGGCCACCAUCCCAGCCUCGAACCGGUUCCUGGGGUGAUUGUGUAGUCACUCCGCAGUAGAAUCAAUUUGGUUUAAUCCACUUUCUAACUUGAUCUUAGUGUAGAACCACCCUAACACUUAUGGACUUCCCCACCAUAGAUUUUUCAAUUUGAACUGAAGCAACAGAGCAUAUCACAUACCACUAGUAAACAAGACAUCCUACAAACAACAUCUCUCUUACAUGCAUCCUCAGCCUCCUUCCACUUGCAAUAUUGGGAUCAUAGUUGGCAUAAUGCCCUAGUUUUAUUGCUCCUUGGAGAUUUUUCAUGGAUUCCUCAAUUGGGAAUUAGAAUAUAUUGGGUGAUUUGAGGAAACCAGAAUUCCCAGGAGUUCUCAAGAAAACAUAUGUACAUUCAUUCUGUUUUUGUUUUUCUGCUUUAAAAAUAUUAAUAAGCUGCUGAAAUUCAUUUAGCCACUUGCGCCUUCUUAAGUGGACUUUUGUUUGUAUUAUAUUUUGUGCUGUGUUGGAUUAGAAUUGCUAUGCUGAGUAGAUUCUGCUGGCACAUUUUCUUUUCUUGUAUUGUAAUACAACUGGAUUGUACAUUGUUUGUAACUGUAGAGAAUUCUCCUUUGAGAUGUUUUAAUAAAUAAGUUAAAAACUA